CCGAAUGUGUGAUUGUAGAUAGGUAUUUUGGAAUUUAUUGAGUUUUGAACUGAUAACUUGAUAAUACAUUUUUCACCUAAGUUUUUUUUUGUACAAGAUCAACAUAUUUUGUUUUAGUAAUUCAAUAACAAAUACCAUCGAAAAGUUUUUCCUUUACCAUGGCUAGCACGUGUCAAAUAUUUUUUCGAAACUUUGGAACGUCGUUAUCGAAAAUAAUUUCAACAAAACUACGAGUAUCCCCGGUAGGAUUAGAUCGAAAUUAUAGCCAAGACGAGCAGCAGGACAAAACGUCUCUCAAACCAGGAGCUUUUGCUGAGUUCUACGAAAAAACUAAAGAAAACAAACAGACUGUAGAAGAGGACCAAGAUUUUGAAGUGUUACUGAGAAAUUCGAAUUUCAUAAACCUUGGAGAUCCGGAGGGUAAAUUAGUGGUUGGUACAAUAUUUCAUGUGGUUGAUAAUGAUUUGUACAUAGAUUUUGGAUGGAAAUUUCAUUGUGUUUGUACAAGACCGGUUAGAAAUCCUGAUUCUUACAUAAGAGGAUCACAAGUAAGAUUAAGAAUCAAAUCUUUAGAAUUAGCUACCAGAUUCUUAGGCUCCGAGAAAGACUUAACUCUACUUGAAGCAGAUGCUAUUCUUCUGGGUCUCCAUAAACCAGUAAAAUAUUAGAACUUGUGUUAAAUAUUAUUUUUGUAACUCUCGUACAAUUAUACUGUUUGAGUGAUUUUU